AUGUCAGGUUACCCUGAGGGCCAUUACGACGAUGGCUACGGCCACGGUGGCCACGGCGACCAUGGCGAUUCCUAUUACCAGGAUGAGCAUGGCCAGGCAUAUUACGACCCUAAUGACUAUGGCGAUGGCUACUAUGAUAGACCUGGCUAUUAUAAUGCGGACCCCAACCAGGCUUACCACCAGGACGCUGGAUACUACGAUGCCGGCCACCAAGACGACUACUACGGUGAUCAGUACUACGAUCAGGGCAACGGACAGCAGGGUUAUGGAGCUGGUGGCAGACGUCGUGGCCAUGAUUCCGAGGAUGAAUCGGAAACAUUCAGUGAUUUUACCAUGAGGUCUGAAACAGCUCGUGCCGCAGAUAUGGACUACUAUGGCCGCGGGGAUGAGCGCUACAACAGUUACGCCGACAGCCAAUAUGGUGGACGUGGAUAUGGCGGCUACCGACCCCCGUCAUCUCAGAUUUCGUACGGUGCCAAUCGGUCUUCCGGAGCAUCGACACCAGUCUACGGGAUGGAUUAUGGAAACGCAUUACCCCCUGGCCAGCGAUCCCGUGAGCCGUACCCCGCAUGGGCGUCUGAUGGCCAGAUCCCAGUCUCCAAGGAGGAGAUCGAAGACAUAUUCAUCGACCUGGUGAACAAAUUCGGUUUCCAGCGUGAUAGCAUGCGUAACAUGUACGACCAUUUGAUGACAAUGCUCGAUUCGCGUGCGUCCCGCAUGACACCCAACCAGGCGCUCUUGUCACUGCACGCCGAUUACAUCGGUGGUGACAACGCAAACUACCGCCGGUGGUACUUCGCAGCCCAUCUUGACUUGGAUGAUGCAGUGGGUUUUUCAAACAUGAAGCUUGGAAAAGCGGACCGCAAGACCCGAAAAGCUCGCAAAGCUGCUCAGAAGAAGGCAAAGGAAAACCCAGAAAAUGUGGAUGAGACGCUCUCGGCUUUGGAGGGUGACAACAGCCUGGAGGCCGCCGAGUACCGCUGGAAGACUCGGAUGAACCGGAUGUCCCAGCACGACAGAGUGCGUCAAAUCGCCCUGUACUUGCUGUGCUGGGGUGAAGCGAAUCAAGUCCGGUUCCUCCCUGAAUGUAUUUGUUUCAUCUUCAAAUGUGCCGAUGACUACUUCGGCUCUCAGGAGUGCCAAAACAGAGUCGAGCCAGUCGAAGAACUUACCUACCUGAAUGAUGUUAUUACGCCCUUGUACCAGUACUGCCGUGAUCAAGGGUACGAAAUCAUGGAUGGGAAGUAUGUUCGUCGUGAGCGUGACCACAACCAGAUCAUCGGAUAUGACGAUAUGAAUCAGCUCUUCUGGUACCCAGAGGGUAUUGAGCGUAUCGGGUUCGAGGAUAAGACUCGUCUGGUUGAUGUGCCGCCAGCAGAGAGAUGGACUAAGCUCAAGGAUGUCGUUUGGAAGAAGGCCUUCUUCAAGACCUACAAGGAGACCCGGUCUUGGUUCCACAUGAUUACCAACUUCAACCGUAUCUGGGUCAUCCACUUGGCUACUUUCUGGUUCUUCACUGCGUACAACGCCCCGACUCUCUACACCCACAACUACCAGCAACAGGUUAACAACAAGCCACCUGGAUCUAAAUACUGGUCUGCAGUUGGUUUUGGUGGUGCUCUUGCUUCUUUCAUUCAGCUUGCGGCUACCUUUUUCGAAUGGCUGUACGUUCCUCGUAGAUGGGCUGGUGCGCAGCACCUUACCAAAAGGUUCUUUUUCCUGUUGUUCAUGUUCAUCAUCAAUUUGGCCCCUGGUGUCGUGGUUUUCGGAUUCUCGAAGACAAUCAAGAACGAGACGAUCAUGCUGGUUAUUGGUAUCGUCCACUUCUUCAUCGCGCUUGCAACGUUCAUCUUCUUCUCCAUCAUGCCACUUGGCGCCCUGUUUGGUAGCUACAUGAAGAAGCAUGGACGUCAGUACGUUGCCAGCCAAACAUUUACAGCGAGUUUCCCUCGUCUCAACGGAAAUGAUAUGUGGAUGUCCUAUGGUCUCUGGGUGUGUGUUUUCGGAGCCAAAUUGGCUGAGUCUUACUUCUUCUUGACUCUGUCUUUCAAGGAUCCCAUCCGAAUUCUUUCACCGAUGCAACUCAACAAAUGUGCUGGUAUCAAGUAUCUCGACACCAAACUGUGUUACAAGCAGCCCCAGAUUCUUCUUGGUCUGAUGUUCUUCAUGGACUUGACGUUGUUCUUCUUGGACAGUUAUCUGUGGUACAUUAUUUGCAACACAAUCUUCUCCGUGGCACGUUCAUUUUACCUUGGUGUCUCUAUCUGGUCUCCGUGGCGGAACAUCUUCUCUCGCCUUCCCAAGCGUAUUUACUCGAAGGUUCUCGCUACCACCGAUAUGGAAAUCAAGUACAAGCCCAAGGUUCUCAUCUCUCAGGUCUGGAACGCCAUUAUCAUUUCCAUGUACCGGGAGCACUUGUUGGCCAUUGACCACGUCCAGAAGCUGUUGUAUCACCAAGUCCCAUCGGAGCAGGAAGGAAAGCGUACUUUGCGUGCUCCCACUUUCUUUGUUUCCCAGGAGGACCAGUCUUUCAAGACCGAAUUCUUCCCGGCUGGAAGUGAGGCUGAACGUCGUAUUUCCUUCUUCGCCCAGUCUCUGUCUACUCCCAUGCCCGAACCACUGCCCGUCGACAACAUGCCCACCUUCAGUGUUCUUGUUCCCCACUACGGAGAAAAGAUUCUGUUGUCUUUGCGUGAAAUUAUUCGGGAGGACGAGCCUUACUCUCGUGUGACUCUGCUGGAAUACCUCAAGCAGCUGCACCCUCACGAGUGGGACUGUUUUGUUAAGGACACUAAGAUUCUCGCCGAUGAAACUUCCCAGUUCAAUGGAGACUACGAAAAGAACGAAAAGGACGCCGCGAAGAGCAAGAUUGACGAUCUUCCUUUCUACUGCAUUGGUUUCAAAUCGGCUGCCCCCGAAUACACCCUUCGUACCCGUAUUUGGGCCUCUCUGCGAUCUCAGACCCUUUACAGAACAAUUUCCGGUUUCAUGAACUACAGUCGUGCGAUUAAGCUGCUUUACCGAGUUGAGAACCCCGAAGUCGUGCAAAUGUUUGGCGGAAACUCCGAGAAGCUUGAACGGGAACUUGAGAGAAUGGCUCGUCGCAAGUUCAGGAUCUGUGUUUCCAUGCAGCGUUACGCCAAGUUCAACAAGGAAGAACGUGAGAACACCGAAUUCCUUCUCCGUGCCUACCCCGACUUGCAAAUUGCCUAUUUGGAUGAAGAACCCCCUACCGAGGAGGGCGAGGAGCCUCGUCUGUACUCUGCUUUGAUUGAUGGACACUGCGAGCUGCUUGAAAACCAAAUGAGAAAGCCCAAGUUCAGGAUCCAGUUGUCCGGCAACCCCAUCCUCGGAGACGGCAAGUCUGAUAACCAAAACCACGCUGUCAUCUUCUACCGCGGUGAAUACAUCCAGCUUAUCGACGCCAACCAAGACAACUAUCUCGAAGAGUGCCUGAAGAUCCGUAGCGUGCUUGCUGAGUUCGAAGAACUGACAACUGACAACGUCUCUCCGUAUACUCCUGGUAUCCCAUCUGCAAGCGCAGCACCUGUCGCAAUUCUUGGAGCCCGUGAAUACAUUUUCUCUGAGAAUGUUGGUGUGCUUGGUGACGUCGCUGCUGGAAAAGAACAGACCUUCGGUACCCUAUUCGCUCGAACCCUUGCUCAGAUCGGUGGAAAGCUGCACUAUGGACACCCUGAUUUCUUGAACGCUAUCUUCAUGACUACGCGCGGUGGUGUUUCCAAGGCACAGAAGGGAUUGCACCUGAACGAGGACAUCUACGCUGGUAUGAAUGCUAUGCUUCGUGGUGGUCGUAUCAAGCACUGUGAAUACUUCCAGUGUGGUAAGGGUCGUGAUCUUGGAUUUGGCUCCAUUCUGAACUUCACAACCAAGAUCGGAACUGGUAUGGGUGAGCAGAUGCUGUCACGAGAAUACUACUACCUCGGUACUCAACUGCCUCUCGAUCGAUUCUUGUCUUUCUACUACGCGCACCCUGGUUUCCACAUUAACAACAUGUUUAUCAUGUUGUCUGUGCAAAUGUUCAUGAUCGUCCUGAUCAACUUGGGAGCCCUGAAGCACGAGACCAUUACCUGCAACUACAACAAGAACCUGCCAAUCACCGACCCCCUCCGACCCACUCAUUGCGCCAACCUCGUCCCCAUCCUUGACUGGGUUAACCGUUGCGUUAUCUCCAUCUUCAUCGUCUUCUUCAUUUCGUUCGUGCCUUUGGCCGUACAGGAAUUGACGGAGCGAGGACUUUGGCGUAUGGCCAUGCGUCUCGCUAAGCAUUUCGGGUCUUUCUCCUUCAUGUUCGAAGUGUUUGUCUGUCAGAUUUAUGCCAAUGCCGUGCACCAGAACCUUUCGUUUGGUGGCGCCCGCUAUAUCGGUACUGGACGUGGUUUCGCAACGGCUCGUAUCCCAUUCGGAGUCUUGUACUCGCGAUUCGCAGGUCCUUCGAUUUACUCUGGUGCCCGGUUGUUGCUCAUGCUUCUCUUCUCGACAUCCACUGUAUGGACUGCUGCCUUGAUUUGGUUCUGGGUAUCGCUUCUCGCGCUGUGCAUCUCGCCGUUCCUUUUCAACCCCCAUCAAUUUGCUUGGAAUGACUUCUUCAUCGACUACCGUGACUACAUUCGCUGGCUUUCGCGCGGUAACUCUCGAUCGCAUGCAUCUUCAUGGAUCGCAUUCUGCCGGUUGUCUCGUACACGUAUCACAGGUUACAAGCGCAAGCUCCUUGGUGUUCCCUCGGAGAAGGGAUCUGGUGAUGUACCGAGAGCACGGAUUACAAACAUCUUCUUUAGCGAAAUCGUCGCGCCACUUGUCCUGGUCGGCGUUACCUUGAUUCCUUACCUUUACAUCAACUCCAGAACCGGUGCGCAAAAAGAUAGUCCCAGUAAGCAGUACGAUGCAAUUGCACGUAUCGCUAUUGUGGCCUUUGGCCCUAUCGCCGUCAACGCCGGUGUUUCCGCUGUCUUCUUCGGUUUGGCUUGCUGUAUGGGUCCAAUCUUCAGCAUGUGCUGCAAGAAAUUUGGUGCCGUCCUUGCCGCUAUUGCUCAUGCGAUCGCCGUCAUCAUCAUGCUUAUCAUUUUCGAAGUCAUGUUCUUCCUGGAGCACUGGAAUUGGGCCAGGUGUGUCCUGGGCAUGAUCUCGGCAGCUGCCAUUCAACGAUUCGUCUACAAGCUCAUCAUCUCUCUCACCUUAACCCGUGAGUUCAAGCAUGAUCAGUCCAACAUCGCCUGGUGGACGGGUAAAUGGUACAGUAUGGGCUGGCACUCGCUUUCUCAACCUGGUCGUGAGUUCCUGUGUAAGAUCACCGAGCUCGGCUACUUCGCCACCGAUUUCAUUAUGGGCCACCUUCUGCUGUUUGCCAUGUUGCCAGCACUUUGCAUCCCAUACGUUGAUAAGUUCCACUCCGUUAUCCUUUUCUGGCUCCGACCUAGUCGCCAAAUUCGCCCACCUAUCUACUCCCUGAAGCAGUCCAAACUCAGAAAGAGACGGGUUGUUCGCUUCGCGAUUCUCUACUUUGCGAUGUUCAUUUUGUUCCUUGUUCUUAUCAUUGCGCCUCUCGUCGCGCGCACGUCCAUGGCCUCUCAGCUUACCAAAAUGCAGAGCAGCUUCCCGCUGGACCUAUUGCAACCUCUUGACAAAGACCACAACGAUACCAUCAACGAGUACACUGGUAACAACCUGCCUGUCGGAAAAUCGGCAAUCUCUGGAGCGUCGCCCAGUGCCUCGUCCUAG